ACAAGCUUUUGAUAAGAUUACUGUAAUCGUGCGGUCGGCAAUAAAGCUGUGAGGGAGCUUUACUCGAGACACACUCGCUCUCUGAAAACAGGAAAGAUGGAGUUCAAAGUCGCUGCGAUUCUGUGCCUUGCUCUCGUUUCAGCCACUCAGGCUGUGAAAGUGUCCGUGUACUACGAGUCACUCUGCCCUGACAGCAUCGCAUUCAUUCGCGACCAGUACCACUCAACCUACCAGCAGUUGGGCUCAUCCUCCAUCACAGUUGAUUUCCUGCCCUAUGGAAAAGCCACGCACACCCAGGAUGGGAACGGAAAUUGGAAUUUUGAUUGCCAGCACGGCCCUGAAGAAUGCCGCGGCAACAAGGUGCAAGCCUGUGGCCUGAAAUACAUCACCAACCCUGACCUGCAGGAAGCUUACGUCCAUUGCGUUAUGACCUCCUCCUAUCCUCCUGAUGCCGGACAGUCGUGCGCCACAAGUGUUGGAGGAGUGUCCGACUACUCUGCGAUUUCCAGCUGCAUUUCCAGCGCCGAGGGCGAUAAUGCCCUGGUCGCGUACGGAGACAGGACUCAUGCCCUCGGCUCCAUUCUCUCCUUUGUGCCGACCAUCAUCUACGACGAUGUGUUCAACCAGAGCGAACAGAAUGAGUCCCUGUACAACUUCCUUGGAGUCGUUUGCCGCCACCUCUCUUCCCCCAAACCAUCUGCCUGCCCUUGAAGCAAAAUUUUGAUUUAAUAAAACUUAAUAAUUGGAAAUUUUAA